AAAAAAAUUGUUGUUUUCGUAAGGUGGCAGCAAGUAUUUGAAUGUUUAUCGUUUGGUUGGCGAGAUAUUGAACGUUUCGUCUGUUUUCAAAUUUUUUUUAAUCAGUAAUGGAACAAGAAAUAGCACAAAAUACUGAAGACCCUAAAAUAUCCAAUGAAGAAACAUCACUGCCUUCUUUUGAUUUAGAAUUAAGUCUCACCAAUUUAGAAAAAGGAAAUAACAAAGAACUGAUAAUCAAACAGCUUAAAGAGGAAGAAGGCUCAAUUUUGCAGUUACAGUCAAUACUUUUAUCUAAAAAAUUGGAAAAUAAAUCACUUAUAGAAGCAGUAGAAAUAGUUGCUGAAGUGACAAAAAAUGAUGCUGCAAGAAAAAGAUGUACAGAUGAAGAACUAAUAUGCUAUUUAUUAGAACUUUUAUCGAGUGAUAACAAUGCAUUAUUGUUGCAGGCUGUUCGAGCUUUAGGAAAUAUAUGUUAUAUUAAUGAUGAAGCUUGUGAAAUUGUGAUGAAUCACCAAGGUGUUUUUAAAAUUAUUGACUUAUUAAAUAGUUUAUCUAGGGUAGAAUCAACAGAAACUAGAUAUUUGAUAUAUGUUUCUGUUGGCUGUCUUAUGAAUCUAACAGACACAAUAGAAAAAGUACAGGAACAAGCUAUUGCAGGAGGUGCUAUCAGCUUAUUGUUAAAGUAUUUAGAAAAAUAUUAUGAAGAUGAAGAAAUUGCAACCAACUGUUUGUUGGUUUUGAAUUGUUUAUCUGUUUGUGAAAAUGGCAAAUCAGAAUUAAUGGGAAAGUCAAGUUUGAGUUCUUUAAUGAACGGUCUUGAAAAACCUCUGUCAAGUGAUUUGAUGGAUUCGUUGUUGGAUUUACUGGAGUAUCUUGCAGAAAAUGAUCCUGCCAAAAUAAACAUGGCUGAAUUAGGUAUGGGAGAUAUUAUGUUGCAAGUUAUCGAGAAAUGUCAUCAAAAUCACUGGAAGGAUGAAAGUCAACAUAUUUUAAAACUAGCUUGUGAUUUAAUCAUUCUUAUUUUAACUGGAGAUACUAGUAUGAGCAUUUUAUAUGAAGAAGGUAAUGGAAAUGUCUAUCAGAAAACUAAAUGUUGGUUGAAUUCGGAUGAUGAUGUCAUGCAGAUUGCUGGUGCCUUAGCAGCUGGGAAUUUUGCUAGAAAAGAUAGUUAUUGUAUACAUAUGGUUGAAGAUCACAUAUCAGAAAGUCUUUUGUGUCUUCUUGAAAAACAUAGUAAAGAUAAUGAUAUCAGACUGUUGCAUGCUGUUUUAUCAGCUCUCAGAAAUUUAGCUAUACCUGGUAAGUUGUUCUUUUUAAUUUGAAUUAUAUUAAAAAGU